UCUGAGGCCCUGGCACUAGGGGGGCACGCUGCAAGAUCCGAAAUCCGAUUAGUCAGAUCCGAGACUGCCUCAAGGUCGUGGCCUGCAGGGUUGAUCCUGCAACAACGUCGUUACUUAUUGCCAGGCUUUCGCAACGCCUGCACUACCCCUUGCCACCGAUCUACCAGCCAAACGGUACGAUUGAGUCUGAUAUCCCAAAGCUUAAGAGUAACAACCAAGGAAGAACGACACAUCCAACACCAUCUUGACCAGCCGUGGAAAUGGACGAAGAUAUGGACUUCGAUGCCAAUGCCUCUCCACAGCCUGUCCAACAACACUCGCAGAAACAUGCUGACACUGGAAAUAAGAUGCUCGAUCUAGUGUUCGUGCAAGAUUGUACAGGGAGUCAAGGCAGCUACAUCUCUUCCGCUACGAGGAACAUCCAAGAAAUCUGCGCACAUAUUUUUGAAUCCGGAAAGCUACAGUCCCCUGAAGACCUACGAGUCGGCCUGGUGGCAUUCCGGGACCAUCCGCCACAAGAUCACACAUAUGUAACCAAGAAUUUCGGGUUUUCAUCAGAUAUCAGCAAAGUACAAAGAGAUCUGUCUGGUUUGUAUGCAUCCGGGGGUGGCGAUGGACCCGAAGCUGUCACAGCUGCGUUGGCAGAAGCCUUGAAUAUGGACUGGAGGGAACGUGCUAGCAAGAUGAUCGUGCUUAUUGCCGACGCUCCGCCGCACGGUAUCGGGGAGUACGGUGACGGGUUCGAUGAAGGUUCGCCCGAUGGCAAUGAUCCAUUGCAACUGGCACGCGUAAUGGCGAGCCGAGGAAUCACGCUGUUUUUUGUCGCUUGCGAGCCAGCUUUGAGCGGAUACUCUUAUGCAACCGACUUCUACCAAGCAAUAACGAAUGUUACAUCCGGCCUCAUGCUUCCCCUAACAACCGCCGAUCUUCUAUCACAUGCCAUAGUGGGCAGCGUGUUAGAGAACCUUGACAUGGAGCGCUUAAUCCGCGAAGUUGGACAUGCGGUUGCACAGCGGAUACUUGGCAACAACGAAAGUGUGGACGAUGUUGCUCGGGAGCUCCACGAGAAGCUCCUCCUCCGGAACGAAAGUACUAAGAAGGUGGUGAUUGAAAGCAUCUACAAAGAGUCAACGGAGGCUGCACACAAUGUGGCUGUGUUCAUGGGAGCUCCGUCCCUGGCGGAAGCGCGACCCCAAUUAAAGCGGGUAUUCGGCACUCGAUUCACAGACAAGUAUUUGCAGGCGCGGCAGCAGGCUAACCGUUCAUACUACAGUUACUCGUACACUCCACACCUUCCGCCUCGUUCACCACCGGUGAAGACUUCGGUGGCACCAGCUGCAACUUCUGCAUCCCCACCUCGCAAAGUCGUUACUGAUUUCGCGGCGUUUGGCGCACCAGCGAACGCCAGCGUAUUUGGAACGAAGGUGGCUUCUACACCGUUCUCGCUCGCUGGCAGUAAGGCUUCGUUUGGAGGUAUGAGGCCUGGAACCAGGAGUGCAUUCGACGCCGACGACGAAGAGGACGAAGACGAGACAAAUGGCCGACAGAAGGUUGAGCUGAGAGAAGAUUCUAUAUCACUCGAACAAGCUCGCCGUAUUACGAUGCAGAGCGCCUGGAGAAGCGUUAGAGGAUGAUAUGCCCUACCCAUUUUCAGUUACCAUUUAAUCACAGAUGCUUCAGGCUUAAAAUUUCUACACUUUGUUCUCUGUCUUGUUUUU